AUGAAAGUUCAUCGCACUGUGAUCUGCUUCGCCUUCCUCACACUGCAUGAUGGAAACACUGGUCUCAUCAAUGCAGAAAUCCUUGUAAAGCAGGGAGGAAACAUCACACGUGCAUGUUCCUUUAAACUCUCUGGAAGCAGGAAGAUCUUCUGUAAGGAAGAAUGUGAAGAACAAGACAUCCUCGUUGAAACAGAUGGUGACAGAGCUCAGAGCGGCAGAUACAGCAUUGAAUAUAAAGAAGGAUCUUUUCCAGUAUCUGACACACUUCUGUAUGUGAGCAUCACAAAUCUGACCAAGUCUGACUCAGGACGGUACAGAUGCAGUUUGGACGGAUAUUGGGCUCCAGAUUCAUAUGAGGAGUUUGACAUCAGAGUUGAAGAUGAUCCAACCACUUCUAAACCAAACUGGACUCCCAGACCUUUUUCAACAUCAGUCCCAUCAGCCUCCACACUGACGACAACACAGAGUUUAAGCUCAGGACGCUCCACACCUUCAUCAGCCUCUCCUGAAGUCACCAAGCAGACUCAGCAGCAACAGACAACAGCCACAGGUUCACAGCUGUAUGUGCGUCUGAUUCUGGUCGUCCUGAUCAUCGUAACAUCUUCGGCUUUGUUGAUAUUGUGCAGGAAGAGGACCAGUAAACCCAAAGGACCUCUUGUGGAAACUGAGUAUGCUAAUGUCUUAGAGCCUAGUCGAGUGUCUGAGGAGAUCAGAGAGGAGGACAGACAGAGCAGAUCUCCUCCUGUAGAAAUAUCUACAGUUUACACGUUCCACUGCAGCCAGAUCUCAGAAACUGAAUGGGACUAGUAACCUCACCUGCACUCAGGUGGAUCCAACGGUACAGCCGCCUCGGUCAAGGGUUAGGGUUAGUCCUCAUGUGGUGAUGUGUGGAAUAAAUAUAAGGUCAAAAUAAAUGUAGCUGUAUAUCACUAUGUAGAUAUCAUAUGAUCUUGGUCGAUUUUAACUGGAUGAAGGACUUUAGUCAUUGGAUGUUUAGAUCUUAAGUUAUAUAUUACAGUGUGACUGAAAAUGUUGUGACACCAGACAGCAACUAACUGCUGGAAAGAAAAAAACAAAUUUUAGCGCUGAAGGUGAGACAUUUGUAAAUAUUCACUUGAAUAACAAACUUCCUGUCACUUUAUUCCCCAACCUGAAGCAACAGAAUAUCACUUUGGUAAAAGAUUAAAUUACUGCUUCUGUUCUUAUUCUGAUAUUUUUAAUUAAAAUAAACUUGACAUGAAUUGAAUAUUGGCAGUUUAAACAGUAUAUGGUCUUUUAUCUUUUACAAAAUAAUUUCAUCCACUCAUGUCCCAUUUGGUGUUGAAUACCAAACUGUCCUGCAGUGCAAGUGUCUGCAAACAGGUUGAUAAACUUCACCUUGCAAAAAUAUCAACUCUUGUCACAAGUCAAAGUCCUUUAACCUCUGUUUCUUUUCUCAUCUGUAUCACUAUACAUGGUGUGAAAAGGUGGCAACAACAAAACAUAAAUAAUAUUUUCACGCA